AUGUCUGUCAAAGUGGCAAUAGAAGGUUGCUGCCAUGGGGAGUUGAACACGAUAUACAAUUCUCUUGAAGCAGACACAGAACUUCUAAUAAUUUGUGGAGACUUCCAGGCUCUACGAAACGAAGCAGACCUAGCCACGAUUAAUGUGCCUCGAAAGUACUUGCGUUUGGGAGACUUCCACCAGUACUACCUGGGACAGAAGACAGCAUCGGUGUUGACAAUUUUCAUAGGGGGGAACCAUGAGUGCCUGCUGUACUUGCGGGAGCUUCAAUAUGGAGGUUGGGUCGCCCCCAACAUCUACUACUUGGGAGCUUUUGGUGUAGUCUGGUACCGGGGCCUUCGAAUCAGUGGACUUAGUGGGAUCUGGAAUUUCCGCUCCUUUGCUUCAUGCUUAACAUCUGAUGCGCCAGAAUAUUCACUCCCUUACCUGGAAACAACAAUCAAGUCGAUAUAUCAUGUGGCUCCAAAAGAUUACUUGAAGUUCCUUCUCAGUGGACCUUCUGAUAUAGCAAUAAGUCAUGAUUGGCCGCAAGGGGUGUGGAACUGGGGAGAUAGCAGACAACUUUUAAGGCACAAGCCAUAUUUCCGAGAAGAUAUGAACAGCGGCCGAUUGGGCUCGCCGUUGGCUAGAGAAGCUUUGGCACUAUUACGACCACGAUACUGGUUCUCGCUGCAUUUACACACGAGGUUCACGGCAAGAGUCCAACAUCAAAAGCAUAGAAAGAGAAUUAAAAAAGAAGUUCCAGCUAACUCGAAUGAGCUUCUGUUGGAUAUGGAUGGGGAAGCGACUGAGAACAAAGAGGAUGAAACGAGUAAGGAUAAGAAUGACAUUUCGGGAGACAUUGAGCUGGAAAUGGAUAAUAUCGAUAUGGAAAACCUUACCACGAGCAAUGAGAACAAAGACGAAAGGGGAAAAAGGGACUCGAAAAAGAGAAAAGUUGAGCAGGCAGAAGUGACACGGUUUCUCGCAUUGGACAAAUGCUUACCCAGAAAGAGAUAUCUUGAAUUCAUGUCUAUUGAGCUGGUUCUGGAUCAUAUUUCUAAGACCUCUAAAAAGCUUUUCUAUGAUUCCAAGGCACUUGCAAUCCAGAAAGUUGUUGAGGACUUCGUUGCCUCAAAUCCACAAGUUUUGCAAGAUCUUGGCCCAUCGAAGGUAUUGAGUGUAGAAAAGAUAGGCAAUCUACUAACUGAGUUGGGGGAAAGUGUUUCUUUUGCUGAGCGGAAAAUACUGACCAAAGAUCUCGAAGUCCCUGAUAACUUUGAAGUCAUAGCUCCUACCGAUAACGGAGCCAAGUUGCAAUAUUGGCCAAACAACCAGACACAAUAUUUGUGUGAGAAAUUCAAGCUUCCGGUUGUCAAUCUUAACGGAGUUUGA